ACGAGCAGAGCUACGCGCGUCGCUGGCAGUCUACAUCUUCCUUGUGUUUCUAAUGCUCAGGCUUCCUCCUUCGGUCCUUCCCAAACGCCAACCGAUGGGCUCCCGCCGUCGUCCCAGUCUCACCACCGUAGUCUUGGUGCUCCUCUGCCUCUACCAUGCGCCGCGCAUGGCCCUGUCGCUCUCCUUCAGCCUCAACUUCUCCGACCCCGGCGUCCCCAACCGCGGCGCGUCCAUCAACUUCGCCGGCCAAGCGUUCCUCAGUUCGUCCACCCUCGAGCUGACGACCAACACACGCGAUGCAAACAUCCAGUACAGCACCGGCCGGGCGUCGUACGUGGACAAAGUGCCGCUGUGGAACAGCGCCACCGGCGAGACGGCCAGCUUCACCACCGCCUUCUCCUUCCAGAUCACCCCGGACAGGGACAACCCGUCCAACACCGGCGACGGGAUGGCCUUCUUCCUCGGCCAUUUCCCUUCGGUGAUCCCGCCCAAUAGCAACGGCGGCAGCCUCGGCCUCCUCCCGGCCUUCACCAACGGGACGGGCGACAGCCGGAUCGUCGCCGUCGAGUUCGACACUUUCCUCAACCCGCAGAACGCCGACAUGACCGGGAACCACGUCGGAAUCGACGUCAACUCCGUCAACUCCACGGCGUCCACGGACACUACGACCAGGCCGGGCAGGAACCUAACGUCCUCGCACGUUAUGACCGCCACUAUCAAGUACCAGAAUGAGUCCAAGUUGUUGGCAGUUGAUCUCCUAAUCGACGACGCCCUGUACCAGGUCAAUGCAACCAUUGACCUCACAAGGUAUCUGCCUGAGGAGGUUGCUAUCGGCUUCUCGGCGGCCACUGGCUGGGCCGCCGAGCUGCACCAGAUACUUUCAUGGUCUUUCAGUUCCACUCUGCAGCUGGAAUCCAACAAGGAAGCACCUCCGCCGGCUCAACUUGUUCUUCCAACCAGCAACAACAAUCACAAAAAGUUACUGCUGUCCAUACUAGUUCCGCUGCUAUUUCUGCUGGUAUGUGUGGCCAUGGUAACGACGAUAUGGCGGCGACACGAGAAAAGAAGAUCAACAAGAGCAAAUGGGGACAGCAGCAGUGAUAGCGACGACGACGAAGAACAUUGCGUCGACAGAGCUGACCUCGAGAGAGGUGUGGCCGCCGGUGGCCCCAAACGGUACACGUACCACGAGCUCGUCGCUGCAACAAGCAACUUCUCGGAGGAGGAGAAGCUCGGGCGAGGCGGCUUCGGCAGCGUGUACCGAGGCCACCUCACGCUCGCCGGCGACCAAGAGCGUCGUGCGGUGGCGGUAAAGGUGUUGUCGGCAGAGUCGUCGGCGCAGGGGAGGAAGGAGUUCGAGGCAGAGGUGAGGAUCAUCAGCAGGCUGAAGCAUCGCAACCUCGUGCAGCUGCUGGGAUGGUGCGACAGCCGCAAGGGGCUGCUGCUUGUCUACGAACUCGUUGCGGAGGGCAGCCUAGACAGGCACCUCUACAGCAACGACGGAAGCUAUCUGACAUGGCCGCAGAGGUACAAGAUCAUCCUCGGCUUGGGAUCCGCGUUGCGCUACCUCCACGGAGAGUGGGAGCAGAGCGUCGUGCACGGCGACAUCAAGCCGAGCAACAUCAUGCUCGACUCCUCGCACUGCACCAAGCUGGGGGACUUCGGCCUGGCCCGGCUCGUGGACCACGGCACGGGAUUGCUGCAGACCACCAAGGCCGUGCUCGGCACCGCCGGGUACAUCGACCCAGAGUUCGUCAACACGCGCCGGCCCAGCACCGAGUCCGACGUAUAUAGCUUCGGCGUCGUCCUCUUGGAGGUCGUCUCCGGCCGGCGGCCCGUGGUUGAAACCGCGGAGAAAUCCUUCACGCUGCUCAGAUGGGUGUGGAGCUUGUACGGCAGGGACGCUAUCCUUGACGCGGUGGAUGAGCGGCUGAGGGGCGACGAGGCCCACGACUGGUGGAUGGAACGGGUGCUCGUCGUCGGGCUUUGGUGCGCGCACCCGGACCGGAGCGAGCGACCGUCCGUCACGCAGGCCAUGAGUAUCCUGCAAUCCGAGGAGGCGAGGCUGCCGGCGCUCCCCCUGCAUAUGUACAGGACCGUGCCGGAUCUUGAGUCAUCCGGACGGUACGGGGCAGGGGCUUUCUCCACCGACGGCACCGAUUGCGUUGGCUCAUCUUCGGUCAGCACCGGCGACGCCACUCGUUCUUCCGACUCGUCCUCGACCGCGUUGCUACGACGUUCAAAGGAUCUACCUAAUAAUUGAUUAAUUUUCCUGUUGCAUUCCCAAUGUAAUAAUAGCAGCAACACAAGCAUAGUCAGUCUCCAUAAUAAUAGGAGAGUGAAGUAUUAUCUCUACUCCUAAUGGAGCAGUUGGUAGUC